AAAAAAAAAGAAAUAAAAGAAAGAAAAAAAGGCUGACACGCAGGAGGAUAACAGGAGUUUCCAUAGAGAUUGAACCAAAACAGCUAAACCUUGGCUAAACGGAGCUAGCCAUGCAGUUAAAUAAUAUCAAGGCCUUGAAAACAACGAUAUGAUAUUAGAUUUAAACCAGGAAUUAGCGGACAAGGGGUCAGAGACUGCAGAGGAUGUGUUGUCUUGGGAAGCUGCUAAAGACUUGGAGCAAAGGGUCAGGCAUGCCCAGACGAGAAUGAAAUGGUUGGGAAACUGAUGCGGAAUGACGGGGCUCAUGGUGAAUGCUGGUGGUGAUUAGGAAAGCGGGCGGGGAAAGGGUGUGUUGACAUUAAUCAAGAGUUUCACGGUUUAUGUUUGGGUUUACGCCGUUUGAGGAUUCCGACUUCCCGUAACACAGAACAAGGGAGAAAUGCAGCGAGCACAAAGAAAACAGCACUGAACUGCAAAAGAGAAGCACACUGCCUAUAAAACCAGGAAAUAUUCCUUUUUAGGAGCGGUGCAUGAUUUUAUAAAACGAAACUGUACACCUAGAAGGGCAAAAGAACCGACAGUGUGAAACCUAUUCUCACCUGACCAGCUGAAUGUUUUAGAUUAAAAGCAAUGGAGAGGUCGAGCAAAGCGAGCAGGAUUCAGGACUGUGCAGUAUGGGGGCUUGGUUCGGGCAGCACCGCACACAAUUGCAAACAAGACCUUGUUUGUUUGUAAAGCAGUUUUAUUAAUUUGAGUUUUAAAAGAUAAUAUUAAAAUGGCCGACCAAAGCAACAUCCAGUCGGCGGCUUCCAAAAGCAUCCGACCCUUCAAAUCUAGCGAAGAGUACCUGUAUGCGAUGAAGGAGGAUUUGGCGGAGUGGCUCAACACGCUGUAUGACUUGGACGCCCAGGCUGACGGCUUCAUGGAGGCUCUGGAUACGGGAUCUGCCCUCUGUAGGCACGCCAACAAUGUCAACCGCGCCGCGCACGACUUCCAACUGGAGUACCCGGGGGCUGUCAACUCCAUGCGUGUCCCACAAAAAGACGUGGUUUUCCAGUCCCGAAACGUCGUGCCUGGCUCCUUCCUGGCUCGGGACAAUGUGUCCAACUUCAUCGCCUGGUGCCGACAGGAGCUGGGCAUCCAGGACGUUCUCAUGUUUGAGACCAACGACCUGGUUUUAAAAAGAAACGAGAAGAAUUUCGUGCUGUGCCUCUUGGAGGUGGCCCGCAGGGGGGCUAAAUUCGGGAUGCUGGCCCCUAUGCUCAUUCAGUUAGAGGAGGAGAUUGAGGAGGAGAUUAGAGACCAGGAGAACCAUCAUCUGGGCCCGGGGAAGAUCCCUCUCCAGCUAGGCAACGUGGGGAGCAACUCGGCAGAAGAUCACUCCCCUGACGCCCCGGUGUACCCCAGCUGGCAUCAGAAGAGGGUCUUAUGUGACAUGAGAAAUCUGGAUGAACUGGUGCGUGAGAUCCUGGGGCGCUGCUCUUGUCCUUCGCAGUUUCCAAUGACCAAGAUUUCUGAAGGGAAGUACAAAGUGGGCGACUCCAGUGCGUUGAUCUUCAUCAGAGUGCUGCGGGCUCAUGUGAUGGUGCGAGUGGGCGGAGGCUGGGACACACUGGAACACUAUCUUGACAAGCACGACCCCUGCCGUUGUGCAGCCUUCUCUCAUCGCUACCAGCAGUCCAAAGCAGGCGGACUGACCCCCCAGAAAGCCAGCAGUGCUCACUCCUCCCGGGCUACUAGCCCCACCCCACACCUGAGGUCGGAGGUCGCGGCCCCAUUCAAGACACCCGACAGGCGGACCCUGGACCCUUCCAGCCUGGGUCGCCCUCCUCGCCCUUUCAUGCAGGCAGAGCCGGGGACAGGGGAGCCCUGCACCCGCACAGGCCGGACCCCCGCACUCCUCAGACCCCCCAGGGACCGCUCCGAGCCCCGGCACUUCACCCCAUUCAGGGCAAAAGAAUCACUGCCGCCAUUGACUCGGAAACUCUCUGGAGACAGCGACUCCUCGACUGCUUCUUCAAAGGGGGGCCGGGAUAGAACCUUCCUCCCCCUUGUCAAGAAACCUGGGGAAGAGGUGAUCCUGCUGGUAAACAGGAGAGAAGGCAAGCAUGUGAUCGAGAGGUCCGGAGCCAUGCCAACUCCCACCACCCGACCCCCACAGAGCAGAGCACGGAGCCAGUCACAAGACCGCAGCGCACUGGUGAAACCCCACCCACCACAAGACACCCCCAGACCGGAAGGGAACACAAGGCCAGAUCGCCGGCAAUCAUUGUGUCCUGAAAGCCUCAGAAAGAGCAGGCCUAAACCAGGAGCUCUUAACAAGGAUAGGCCCAGUGAGGCAGCUAUGGACAAAUCAAAAAGCAGAGAAACCCAGCAAACUCAUGCUGAUGGCUUCUGGGAGGACGGGAGAAAAAGAGGGGGCACAGCCUCAAAAUCCAGGGCACAGGCAACACUAAAAUCAGCAGCAGCUACCCUUCCCAGGAAACAGGCUUCCUCCUCUUCAGGUAAGGUCUCCUACAACAGCCCAAACAAGAAGACCGCAACUCUUAGGCCUGUGGUGUCUAAGUCCCCAGCAGGAAAAAGCAACCUACUGGUCCCAGUGCUGCAGACAAGCCGCCCCUCUUCCAGGGAGUCGUAUGGCACCCUAAGUCGAGGAGGCUCUAGCGAGUGGCUUGAUGCCAGUUCUGAGCCUGAAGAUGAGAAUCUGGGGAGAACUUUCCAGGCGCUGCCUAGCUUGGACCCGAACCAGGAGAAGGAAAUGUACAAGAGUUUUGAGGCAGAGUUUUUGGCCAACACACAAAUGGACGCAAACUGGGAUGAUGACUUUGGUGGCCCCCAAAUGCAGCCUCAAGAACAGCAGCAGCAGCAGCAGCAACAGCUUCCCUUGGCUGAUCUCAAUGUCACAGACUCAGCAUACUCCUCCUCCAACUCCUCCACCUCUUCUCUGAAUGUGGGGAACAAGAUGGGGGUUCUACCUGAUCUCAGGGGUCCCAAGAAGCCUUCUGCCAAACAGCGGCCCUGCCCCUCAGAUUACGGGUCAGUAUUAUCAGAACUCCAAGUCAGCUGCCGACACUUGAACUACAAAGACCGGGAUCUGUGGGGGAACCCUUCAGAACCUCCUAACAACCCAAGAAAGCCUGUUCUAUCCAGCUCAUUGGAGGAUAACCACUUUCUGUCAACCUUAAAUGAUUUGAGGGACAAGGGGAUUUUAAACUCAAAAGAGCUGAAUUCAAGGGAUCUAAAUCAUGGACAUCUAAAUGCAAGGCAUCAUUUAAAUUCAACAGGCCUCAAAUCAGAUCAUGCAAAUCUGGACGACCUAAAUGCAAGGGACCCUUUGGAUUCUGGGACCCACAAUGCACGAGGAAUUCCAAAUUUUGGAAAUUCAAGAAUGCGCCUGGAUUCAGACGAAAUGAGUGGAGAUGACCACUUGGACAUUUCACAGAACCUUGAAUGUGCUUCUGAUCUUGAGGAUGAGGACGAUACCACCCUCCUGCCCACUGAGGUUCACCGACUCUCCCUCUCGGAGGACCUCUCCUUCCUCGACUCCUCCAGUGAAGACUCCUCUUUUCUGUGCGUGAGCUUGAGUGAGCCCCGCUCGGAGAGUGCACCUCCUCCCCUGCUUCAGACCACUGAGUCGGAGGUCGUGCUGCACUCCAAGUCCUUGAAGAAGCCUGAGAGAGUGCCCUCCAUCUACAAACUCAAACUCCGUCCCAUAGUUCGACAUCGCACUGACAAUCGCCCGGAAAAGACCCCCUCCCGGAUCCCAACUCCCGUCAGCUACAAGAAGAAUGCUUCCGAGGUGCCCAACUGCCCCCAGAACUCCAAGAGCAAUGGGCAUCCCAAGUGGGGAAUGGACCACAAGUCCAGGAAGGCUCUAUACCAAGCCUUCACAGAACUCCUAGACCCCAGAGCCGAAUCCCCCACUGAGGAACAGAAAGGCUGCUCCUCUGUUGAGUCAUUCAGUUUGGAUGAAGAGGCUUAGAUGAGCAGAGGCUGUCGAUUGAGACCAGGAUAGAUGGGGUAAAUGUUUGGGAGAGUGUGAUGAGAAUUAGCAUCCUGCCUUCCCCUUUUGAAUGUCUUUUACACUGGGUCAAAGCUCCCAGCAGGUGGUGCUUCAGAGGUAGUCCUGCAAUAGAAAUUAGUAUAUAAAAAACAGGAAUACAAGUUGACUGCUACAUUGUUGGAUCUGAAAAUGACCUGGAUUAGGGGAGAACAUUAUCCCAAGCAUUUGAGCUCUGGAAUGGGGGCCUCCUAUAAUUCUAAAGUGGACACAUCUUCUAAAUGAACACAUGGAGAAAAACAGGAUGGACAAGAGCCUAGGAUUUUAAAACCCUUUUACAGAAAAUGGUCAAGGAGUCGAGAAAAACCAGUCUCAACUGACUGCCAGUCCUUUUCAAAAUGUGAUCGCCACCCUUCCUAUAAGCCUCAAUAUAGCUCCCUUUGCACUUAACACUUAAUUUAUUUCCACCAAAAUACUGUAGCCGGCUGUACAUGUUCCUUUAGUGUGGUAGAAUCAUGUUAGGUGUAUGUGUGUGGGGUGGGGUGGGAUGGGGUGGGGGGAGGGAAUAUAUAACUGGGUGAAGCUUGAUUUUAAAAUAAUGUCUUAACAAACUCUUUUAACUAUCAUUGUGCACUUUGCAAGAACCGGAUGACAGUAUUGUUCUCUAUCUAGCGCCUUAGAAACUGGAUGUGUGUUGGAGGCAUGUCUAAUGUAUAUCUAGAAGAACCCACUUGAAUGGUACAGUUACCCAAGGGACUGAAGGGCACAUUUUCUUAACCAAGGUUAACCCAGAGACCUCUCCCAACACCCAAGCAUGAUGUUAAGGGGGUCAGUGCUGAUGAGUUUGGGGUACAGCAUGGACCUACUUGUGUACCAGCACUAUGAACACUUUAUCAGCUGUUCAGUCCGCCUUCAUUCGAAGACUGUCUGCUCUAACCCUGUCUCUGAUGCACAGCUCAUAGGCAAUUCAGAGGUUCUGUACUUUACCAUCUCUAAUAUAAUAAGGCUAUUUAUAUAGAACACUCCACCCUCAAUCUGUGCUCUGCUCCUGAUAAAGGGCUGAUAAGCACUGUUAACAUAUUCUAAAGACUAUAGCAGACCGGAUCCAUUUUGUUUUCUGAGGAAUAUUAUUGCAACAAGCAUGUAAAUUGUACCUUGCACACCAAGCUGGGGGUUCUCAUACGUGACUGAUGGUUUGGUUUUGGAAUAGAAAUCAUUUUUGAUCCCAUGCUUAAAAUGUCAGCAAUGGAACGGAUCCAGUCUGCAAUGGCUUUGAGACUUCUGUCUCCUAUGUGGGGGAUAAUUUACACCCUCAAUCUAUUGCUCGCCUAAUCUCUAAUAUAUCCAUUUGCAUUAAUGUCACUUAAACAGCAAUCCUCUAGCACCUUGUAUCUAGACACUGGCAGCUUACUGUAUCUUCAGUGUUCUGACAUUUUUCAAACAGAACACUAAGCUAGUGUUUAAAAAAGAUACAAUAUUCCACCCCCCCCCCCCCCCAAAAAAUAAAAACCCAAAAAAACAGAAGCUGCACUUAAUUCUGGAAUGUAAUCCGUUGACAUGAAUCGAUUUUAGUUAUUUUUUAAUCAAAUGAAAUAUUGUGAAUUAAACACUAAAUUCAAAAGGUCUGCACUUUCAUUGAACACCUACUAAAAAAACGAUUUGGCUAACGUUUCACCUUAAAUCAGUUAAAACAUUUAGAAUUUACUGAAACAGUGUUAUUGUCCUUGUACCGUUAUUAUAGUUUUUUUUUUUUAACUGCGUGUUUUUUGGGAGGAUUACUACAAGUAAAGUUCAAUAUUAUAUGUUUAAAAGCAUAUAUGUAUGUAUGUACCUACCUACCUUCAGUUUAAAAAGCCCAGAGUAACAAUUACUCAUACAAUUUACACACAACAUGAAGUCUUUAAAUCCACCUGCUCUUUGUUGAUGUAAAGCUUUUGAUGUUUGUUUUACCAGGGAUUACGUAGGACCUUAAUCAUCAAUCGAGAGAUCCCAGUGUAUAGACCUUAACUGUUAGCUGCUGCUCUUUAUUAUAUUGUACUGUGUAUAUAGAAUAUUAAUAAGAUGUAUAUAUUUAUAUGGUAAGUCUAUGUUGCUGACUCAGCUAUGCAGUACUGCUAUUAACAAUGUUGCCUUGAAUCCCUCUUUGCCUUACACUGGUGAGCUCCAGUCUGUCUGUAACCAGGGGUCGGAAUGCCACGCAGCCAGGGACACUUACAUGAGGCUGGCAGAUGCUGCAGAGAGCAGGCAGCAAGCAUGUCACAUGGAACAGCAGGAUAGGAAAGUGUCAGUUCAAGGGAUUAGCUGCUGAUCCAGGGUGAUUGAUGACCCUCUGUGUGAAAAGAUCAGUCUCAUUCUAGAGAUGCAUUCAGUUUUCUCAGCUGUAUCUCUCUGUGUCUUGAGCUUUAACUGGAUUCAGGUACCUACAUUUUAUGGUAACUAGGGUCAGCUACCUUUAAUGUAACACAGUACGAAAAACUGUCUGUCAGCUGUGAUCAAAAGCCAUAACACCUUGAAACAACGUCUACUGUGUUUGAAGUGUGGAGCCCUCUGCUGACCCCUGGUACAGGCUGGAGAACAUCUCGUAAAACUCACGCUUUGUUUGCACUUAGAGAAAAAAUCACUACCCCAGGAAAGCAUGCGUCUUAGUUUUCUGAACCCUUUCCUUACUGCCAGUCAAGAGUCAAGACCACAUUAGGCAAACUGCGAAAGCCAUGCGUUUUAUGACUUUUUUGUGUUCAUGGCUAAAUAGCAUUGCUCCUACAGACACUACAAGCUGUGCAUGACACAGCUUGUUAAAUUCAGAUUAACUGUGACCCAGGAAUUCACUGGGGUUUGAGGAACAUGGUCUGCAAACUCGUGCUCUGGGGUUUCUGUUUGUAGUGCACUCAGGGAGUAUAAUGAUCUCCUAUAAAGAAGGGUCAACGUCUAUGUCCUGGUCUGAAUUGCAUUGUUUACCCUACUGUUCUGUUGAAUCCCAGGUCUCGGCUUAUCAAUCUGUGAUCCAAGUUCAUGCGAUUGCUGGAGUGAUGUGAUGUUGACAGGAUUAGGUGGAAUGUAUAGUCAUGGCAACCUUGUCUACUGGGGUCCAAUCACAAUCUGCUUUGGUCAGUAGGUUUGUGUUGAAGCUAAAAUAGCAUAGCAGGAAAGUGCUGCUCCAAUUCCUUUGAAGUCCUAACCCUCUUUAUUGUGAGCUGUCCCAUAAAUACAGCAUGUGACCACUAUUGCAACUGUCUUUUGUAAGGAACACUAGGCUGUUUGAUCAAGUCCUUUGUGAACUCAGUUUUAUUUGAUUUUAUCUUUUCGUUGUCGGUUGUAUAUGGUUAAGAUGAAUGCAAAAACAAACUGUGAUGAACCCCAGUUUUACACCAAAAUAGCAUUUUUAAUAAUGUAUGAGAAAAUUAAAGUCUCUGUUCUCAUAAACACUUCUGAGUCAUUUUAAAUUGAAGUCAGCAUGACAUGGAAAGGAUAGUGUUUUCCUGAAACAUGUACAGCCGGUUUGACAGAUCCUAAUCUUGGACUGCCUUACCUAAAGUAAGAUUAGGUAUUCCAACAUGAGUGCUUAUCGGGGUCUGUGGAACCAGAUAACCAUGUUCUGGCAGCAUUAAUCAGCUGCUUCGUGCCAUUUUUUAAAUGAACGUUUUAACAUGUUUAGAUCAUUUUCAAAAUACAGACUUCAAUUCACCUCGGUUCAAAACACAAACAUUGCGAUAAAUACGUUUGGUUUGUGACCUUAUUGUAUCCCUUUUUAAAGUCCGGUGCUUACAGUAUUUUGUUUGGGAUGAUGCCUAUAAACACACAGUAAUUCUUAGCUUGCUUUUGCUAGUAGGACUGCAGAACAGGUAUAGUAAGAAGGAUUCAGUGAAAUGCUAAAUGCCUUAACUAAGAUCACUUGUAGCAUGAUAGAUACUAAGGUGCUAAAAUAUAGGUUUGGGACUGUGAAAUUAUUUGAAUUGAAUUUGGGUAACUUAAAGCAAGUUAAAACAGUGAUAACCCAGUGCUUCCACUUUAUAUAUUUAAAUCAUGUUGUAAAGAAAUCUGGACGAGUCCUGGUGGAUACUGACAGCUUGAGCAAAGAGGAUGAGUUGUGUGCCAGUUUUGCCGCAAGUUUUGGGAUUUCAGGUAUCGUGCAAGCAGAUGCAUGUCAUCUUCUGAUACUGAUGAGCGAAUCUGCUGUUUUUCAUAGCUUAUAACCACCUGUCCUCUUCUCGACAGCAGAACAAUGCCUCUGUCAAUCACAGCAGUGUGUCUGCAGAGAGGAUCAGGUGUCUUUGUGGGUUUGACAGAGCUGAAAAUAGUUACCUAUUCAGGCUGGUUUGGCAGGUAUUGGAAGAUGCCAUUAUAGGUCCCUGGCUUGAGAGGACGGUUGGUUGGUUCUCAAUUCCAAUUUAUUUUUCUGAAUCUUAGUCACAGUAGGCAAAACAAAUCUGAAUAAAAAUAAUAAUCCCUUUUUAAAAUAUAAAAUAAAAAAAGCAUUUUAACCUGCAAUUCUGUACCUUAUAUCAUGUACUUUAAUGUCUUGUUAAAAGGUAUGUAAGAUUUUACCAAAGUUAUUUUGUGUUUUGGUGUAGGGAUGUCGACCAGCCCCAUAUCUAAUAGGGAAUUAUUUGUCUGUUUUGUCUUUUUAAAUCAAUUGAGCAGCAAGCAUAAAAAAAAUCUCUGCUGCAAAUUAUCUGUUGGGGGUUUUAUUAUUGAAGGUUUACAUAAUUUAACUAUGAUUUUUAGGUUUCUUUUUCAUUUACAAGAACGUUUAUUUUGUAUUGGUUAUUAUGUUUUAAUGAUUUAAUUUAGUAUUUUAAUUUAACCCCUUGUAUCCUGGAUACCACUGCAGAUUUAGCUGGUCUUAUCUCUGUAAUACCAGGUAUAUAACACCAAACAGGACCAAGGGGAAUCAGAACUACAAAGCAAGCCACGUCUCUGAUAACACCAGCAGUGGUAUCCAGGAAAUAUUGUUCUUAAAAAGUGGUCAACAGAUCAACUUGCUUUAGAUCCAGCUGCUACCAUGUCCAGUAGGAGGCGCUGUGAAAAAUGCUAAUCUCUGCAGUCAUCACACUGAGGCAAUCAAUUGGACCCCAGGAUUAUAUUUUGGGGGAUGUGGAAUGCAUGUAAAGGUCAAUAGAAAUAGGGCUGUUUUUACAACCAGAAUUGUACAUGUGUUUCUAACAGGUAUGUAUUGUUAAUCUAGAAAGGCACAGCACAAACACUGCACUAAUGGUUGUAGAAUAUGCUUAAGGUGGUAUGGGGACGGCACAGUAACAGCUUUAAUAUGGUAAAGGUUAGCUGUAGUUUCAAUUUUAAAAGAACACCUGAAAGUGUUCUGGGAACUGUUCAUUUGUCUUCUAAUUAUCUGUGUUACUGUUUUUCAUCAAAAUGUUUUAUCGGUGGGCCCCAGUUGUAAUGGGGCUUUUGAUAAAGGUAUUAUGUAAGUGUUAAAGGGUAAUGAGUUUAAAAAACAAAGAAACAAUCUUAUCUCUCAGUAGCAUAAAAACUUCUUAAUUCUCCAGAUUUUAUUCUGCUCCUGGCUGUGAAACUAGGUAAAUAAGAGCUAGCAUUCAUGAGAGUUCAGGGAGUAUGUGUACAGCUGACCUCCUGUAAAAUAACUACAGCAAUCCCAGAAUGUUUAUGGAGUAUUCUGUUUAUAUAGAAUAUGGAAAAUAAAUUAGCGCUCUGAGAUUUCCUUUCCUUGGAUAGAGCUCCACCUCUGCAUAGCUACAUGAUUUUGAAUGAAUCCAAGAUUCCAAAAUGAGGUUGUUUUAAAAAAAAAAAAAAAACAUAACUGUUGUAUAAAUAGUAAUACUAAAAAAACGAUUUGGCUAACGUUUCAACUAGAAUGUUGUCUUUUAAUGGUGAAAGGAGUUUUAAGUCAAAUUUCUCAUUUCAACAAUGAAGACAUUGAGAUAUUUGUAGUCUAAACAUCUAUCAAGUUUCUUUCAGUGUUACCACAACACCCCAUCGAAAGAAUACUGUAAUCUCCAAUACAGUUUUAGCAGGAUACAUGGGUCAGGGAAAGUCCAAAGUGAAAAUAAAGUAUAAAAAUGAUCAGCAGGUUGUUAUGCAUUUGAGAAAUAAGAUUUAAUUUUUUUUUAACCCUGUAAUUGCUGGAUUGGACUUCUUUUCGACUGGUAGAGUUUUAAUAUCGUUACCUGUGGAUCUUCUACACUUGGUUCUGUUCUGGUAUCCUGACUUUAGUUUGUCUGUGCUCUCUGUCUCUCUUUGAAUAAAUAGCAAUAUGGAAGACUGUAGCCAUUUCCGGAGACUGUAUUUGCUUUUGUUUUCGUUGUCAUUUUAAUAAAAUAUGUUGGUUUUCUUUUUUUA